CUCAGCUACCAACUCAGUACUGCAAACAGGAACAGCUUUCAGAGAACUGGCCAACUGAAUGUAGGAAGUUGAAAAGUUGCACAGAGCCAGAAAAUAAUUGUGAGUAGAACAGCCAUUAUAUAGGAAAGAUUUGUUGGAGGAUGGCUCUGCGUUCCAAUCUCAAGAUUCUGACAACCUGCAUGCUUGCAGUAAGAAGGCCUGUAGUCCUUGAAAAUAGCUGUUCAACACACAGGAAAUACAUCAGAACUUAUACACCAAAUCUCACAGUUCAGAGAACUGCAGAUCUAAACAGUUUUGUUGCGCGAACACAUACCUGUGGUGAGCUGUGCAGUGCCCAUGUGGGACAGGAAGUGGCCCUAUACGGCUGGCUGCAGUAUCAGAGACAUGACUUGUUUGUUGUAUUGCGAGAUUUCCAUGGCCUCACCCAAGUUAUUCUCCCACAGGAUGAGAAAUGUUCCCAGCUGAGAAAGAUGCUCAGCGAGGCUUCAUUAGAAUCGGUAGUGGUGGUUAAAGGAACAGUCAUACGACGGCCACCUGGGCAGGAUAAUCCUAGGAUGUCAACCGGUGAGAUUGAAGUUCUGGCAAAAGAAGCUCAUAUUCUGAAUACUUGUAAGAAGUUACCUUUUGAGAUUAAAGAUGCCGUAAAGAAAACAGAAGCUCUUCGAAUGCAGUAUCGCUACCUGGAUAUACGCAGUGGCCAGUUGCAAUCCAACUUACGGCUAAGGUCCAAAAUAGUGAUGAAAAUGAGAGAGUAUCUGUGUAACCUGCAUGGCUUUGUGGAUGUAGAAACCCCCACCUUAUUUAAAAGAACUCCAGGGGGUGCUAAGGAGUUUGUAGUACCCACCCGAGAGCCCGGAAAGUUUUAUUCGCUACCUCAGAGUCCGCAGCAGUUUAAGCAGCUUCUCAUAAUUGGUGGGCUGGACAGAUACUUCCAAAUAGCAAGAUGCUAUCGGGAUGAGGGAUCGAAGCCAGAUCGUCAGCCUGAGUUCACACAGGUAGAUAUUGAGAUGUCCUUUGUGGAUCAGGCUGGUAUCCAGAGUCUGGUGGAAGGAAUGCUGCGUUUUUCUUGGCCAGAGGAGAAAGGACCCCUCCAAGCCCCAUUCCCAGUUAUGAGUUAUGCAGAUGCCAUGAGCAGCUAUGGGGUUGAUAAGCCAGAUACACGCUUUGAGAUGAAGAUCCAGGAUGUGACAAGCCAGUUUAGGGAAGUGCAGCUGGGGUAUGUGCAGGAAACUCUGAGAAAACCCCAUGGAUGUGUAAAAGCCAUUUGCAUUCCAGGAGGAGCUAAAUUCAUUAAAAGGAAAGAGCUGGAUUCCAUGCAAGAGCUUGUAAAGCAGCAGUAUAACCAGGAAGUAGUGCCAGUUAUCCUGAGGGCAGACAGUAGCUGGAAAUCCCCUUUGGAGAAGUUUCUCAGUGCGAAGCUGAAGGAAAGCCUCACAGAAGCAAUGGAAGCCAAGUCUGAGGACAUUCUCUUGUUUGCAGCGGGGGAGCAUAUUCGAGCAUGUUCUGCUUUGGGUAAGCUGCGACUGGAUGCCGCCGCUCAGCUAGAAGAGUAUGGGGUUCCUUUGCGGGACCCCACUGCCUUUCAUUUCCUGUGGGUUGUAGACUUCCCACUCUUUCUCCCUAAAGAAGAUAACGAGUUAGAGCUGGAAUCUGCUCACCACCCUUUCACUGCCCCUCAUCCCGAGGACACUGCUCUUCUGCAUACAGAUCCAGCAAAGGUUCGAAGCCAACACUAUGACCUGGUUUUGAAUGGCAGUGAGGUUGGAGGGGGUUCAAUUCGUAUUCAUAAUUCAAAUUUGCAGCGCUGGGUCCUACAGGAUGUAUUAAAGGAAGACGUGUCUCUUCUUUCUCACCUGCUGGAGGCCCUGCAGUCAGGGGCACCCCCACAUGGAGGCAUUGCUUUAGGACUUGAUCGGCUCAUUGCAAUUAUUGUCGGAGCACCCAGCAUUCGUGAUGUCAUUGCCUUUCCGAAAUCAUUCCGGGGACGUGACCUUAUGAGUAAUGCGCCCGACAUGGUGUCUGCUGAGGAUCUCCAGCAAUAUCACAUUCAGGUGAUCCCUCCAUGUACUGAAUCUAGUGGAAAAUGAAUGACCAACAACAUGAAUUCCAUGAAUCUAAGGAAGUGAACACUAAGUUUACACUUGAAGCACUUCAGUUUCUCUGCCAAACUAUUUUUGUGCUGCUCAAAAAUUCAUUAGACCGUAAAUAAUGGACUAGAAUGUGUAAAAACUGCUAAUGUCUUGAAAACCAGAAAAAAAAAAUCUAAAUUGGGGGCUAAUUUUCAUUUAGAUUUGUAUGUUUACUUCUAAUAAAGGGGUGGUUCACCUUUAAAGUGAUACUGACACCAGAAAACA